AUGGGACCCAGAUCGGUAUUCCCUUGGCCUGGGCCUCUUGACUCAGCGGCAACAAACCACAAUAUUCUAGGAGCUGACCUUAAUUCUCUUGUCAGCGGCUCAGACGCCAGCCUGACUCCUCCCAGCGAGACAAGAUCACUAGCUUCUAGCCCGCCACGCCUAUCCAUGACACCUGAGCAACAGGAGAUGAGGAGGCACAGAGAUAGAGUACGACGAGAGUCCAAGUUGACGUCUAGGAUGAGACGCACUGACAGUGCCUCAUACACCACCUCCCCGCCGCCGAUGGCCCUGAACGAUGUUUCUAAUGCAAUCCCCCUGCCGAUUUACUCGACGGCACCUCAGGUCUCUCUACUCGCAGAACCUUCUCAAGCUCUACACAACCAGCAAUAUCUUUCUUCAUAUAACGCAGCUCUACAGGAAGCUUCACAUACUUCUCAGAUGUUCACCUCUUCUCCCUAUCAGUCGAUGUGGGUUGUCCCAGACCAACGAGUUACGGAAGCAUCAUGGGCUAAUGGAAUUUGCUCUCAGACCAUCAACGUACAGCAUGCCAAUGGAUUACCCGGGUAUUUAUUCUGCACCAGGGGACUUCAGUCGCACAAGACACCGGCCUCCUAUACUCCAUGCCAACGGUUCAGCCUAUUUCUCAUUCAAAUUAUAGCCAGGAAGGCAGCCAUGUUAGAGUUGUUCAGAGCCGGCCAAAACCUCGAUGUUGGGAACAUGGGUGCAAUGGCAGACAGUUCUCCACCUUUAGUAAUCUUCUUCGACAUCAGCGGGAGAAAUCAGGCCAAGCAGCCAAAGCUACAUGCCCAAAUUGUGGUGCUGAGUUUACUCGAACAACCGCCAGAAAUGGACACUUGCUGCACGACAAGUGUAAGCAGAGAAGAGGCAACAGCAGCAGCAACUAAAACAGCAACAUUACAUCCGGUUCCGAUUCACGACUGGUGA